AUGGGAUCAUUUAGAAGACUAAGCACCUGUAUUGGUGCGUUUCUUUUAUUAGGUGUAUCACUAACAAGUGCUCAAAGUGCAGACAAUAAUGCAAAUUCUUAUAGUAUGAUUAUAAUAGCCUAUCUUACCGUUUGUAAGUUAACGAACAUAUCGAAUGCACCGGGUAUAGCGAUAGACGGUUCAUUACGAUUAUGGCCAGAUUUAAAUCAGAAUGUUCAAAACCUCUAUGAAGAUAAUGAAUGGAUAGCAUUUAUUAAAUGUGAUGACAAUCCUAAUACCAAUCUUCAAAAUGUUUUAAUCGCUGAGGAAAAUAAUGCUUCUGCUUCUGUAUUCUAUACGGUUACAUCAAAGCCUUGUCAAAACCUAACAUCAGAUAGGAUUAAGAAACCAUUAUUUACAACGACUGAGCAAUCUUGUUCUGAAGUUAUUAAUCAAUUCCGACCACAAAAAGACGAAAUUACUGCAGUGAUAAAACCUGAUGGAAAUUCGAAUAAUAUAAAUCCUUCCGCACCUAUUUCAGUAAACGGUUCUGAAGACAAUAGGGUAAUUGCGACUUAUCAAACGGCAAUGAUAGUACUUUAUGCUGUAUCGGGAGUUGUUUUGGGAUUAUUUUUUAUCGUAGUUAUUACAAACAUAAUAAGAAACCGGCUUAAUGCCCCUGCGGCACCACCAAGUCAAGGGCAAGAUACGAAUGCACGUCCACGUCGUGGAAUAGCUAGAUCCGUCUUAGAUAGUUUCCCAGUAUUCUUAUUUACAAUGGGAAUGAAGGAUUAUAACGAUGAGAAUAAAGAUUUGGAAGGAGGAAAAGGAAAAGAAUUAGAAGCUGAUAUUGAAUUAGAAACGACAAGUCCAGAUGUUAUGAAAUCUGCGCCACAAGCAGAAGAAAUUGAAGAAAAUGAAAAUUCAUCAAAUCUUUAUUCUAAAAAUACAAAUGAGAAUUUUGUAACCAAUAAUGACAUCAAUUCUGAAAAAAAUAAACCUGAUUUACCACAAGUACCUCCGAUUGCGCAAAUUAACAAUUCAUCACAUAUCCGUUCUAUAUCCACGGGUUCCAUCCUUUCAGCGUUAACAAAUAAUAAAGUACAAGAUGGGCAAUUAACUUGUCCAAUUUGUUUGGAUGACUUCGAAUCUGGUGUAGAAUUGAGAAUUUUGCCUUGUCAUCAUCAAAUAUGCAUAGAUCCAUGGCUUCUCGAUAUAUCACCGCUUUGUCCAAUGUGUAAAACAGAUUACACUUCAUGGGAAAGUGAAGUGAAUACAACGCAACAAAGUGAAGAUGAAUUGGAUUCUUCAACAUCAUUAGAAUCAACCGAUCAUGCCACCACCACCAAUAACGAUCGACAAAACGAUGAUGGUUCAUCGAUCGCUCCUUCUGUACCUCCAAAUUUCCCACAUUUCCGAUGGAUAAAAUAUCUUACAUCGAUUCGUUCGAGAAGACGACGAAAUAGGGACAGAAGAUCUAAUAGACAAUCAAGAACCGAGAGUUUAUAG